AUGCUCGUCAACCUCCUCCCCCUUGCCCUCUCGGCGCUCAGCCUCGCCUCGGCAGCGUCGAUCUCGAUCGAGCCGCGCGACAAUGCGGCCCCGGUCGCCGGCCCGUACGGUCUCGGCAACGCCCAGUGCCAGCCGGUCAAGCUGCGCGUCCCCAUCGACGCCAAGAACCAGAAGUUCACCGACGUCGUCCAGCAGUACUCGAACACUUCGUACGCCACGGCGCAGAUGACCGAGUUCGCCACAGCCCAGGCCAACUACACCUCGGCGCACCUCAAGGGCGAUACGGUGCAGAACAAGAAGACGUACAGCAUCCAGGGCUACUACUGCACGCCGAGGCGCGGCGCCAAGGAGGGCAGCGCGCUCAUCAACCUCGUCCACGGCAUCGGCUUCGACGCCAGCUACUGGGACUUUACGCUGUCGCCCGAGUACAGCUUUGUCAAGCACGCCGCCUCGCACGGCUACUCGACCUUCCGCUACGACCGGCUGGGGACGGGCAAGUCGCAGACGCCGAGCAACGGCUUCGACGAGACGCAGGCGCCCACCGAGGUCGCCAUCCUCGCCGAGGUGCUGCGCCAGCUGCGCGACACGACCAACGUCGGCGGCAAAAAGCACCCCAAGGUCGUCGGCGUCGGCCACUCUUACGGCUCAGUCCAGACCCAGGCCAUCACCGCCACCAGGCCCGAGCUGCUCGACGCGGCCAUCCUCACGGGAUACACCAACAACGUGACCAACCUGCCCGGAUACCUCAACGCCGCCUCGUAUUCGGUCGCCGCCGACGUCCUGCCGCACCUCGCGUCCAAGCCGCGCACCUGGCUCGCCUCGGGCUCCGAGGCCUCCGACGUCCGCGGCUUCUUCUACCCCCCGUACUACUCUGAGCAGGCCUUCAAGCUGGCCCGGUCCACCGAGCAGGCCGUCACGCUCGGAUCCCUCUUCACCAUCGGCCUCGUCGGCGGGCCCGCCCCCAACUUUAACAAGCCCGUCCAGGUCGUCAACGGCGCAAAGGACUUUAUCUUCUGCUCCUCGAACUGCUGGGGCGGUCCCGACGGCACCGACAUCCCCUCGGGCGUCAAGCAGUUCUACCCGGCCGCCUCCAAGUUUUCGUCCUUCAUUGCCGAAAACGUCGGCCACGGCAUCACCGCCCACUACGCCCAGCCCAUGAUCGCCGAGAAGAUCAUCGAAUUCAUCUCGCAGAACGGCCUCUGA